AAGCACGUGUAUAUGUGGUCCAUUUCGUCAGUAUUUGAUUUUGCAUUUUAAAGAAUUUCAAUUUAUACUUAAUCAACAAAAAAAACCCGUUAUAUAAACAUCAAAAAUUCUUUAUUUUAUUUUUUUAUCGAAACAAUAAAUUAACGUUGAACUUACGAUUUUUAAUCAUACGCACCCGAGAACUCUCGAUUAGUCACGUGAUGUCAACAUGAUCAACAACAGAAACAAUUGCAAGCGGCAAAUGGGUAAUUCCAAUAGUGAAAUAACAGUGAUAAGAGUGUAAUAUGUAACAAAUGUGAACAAAUAUAAAAGAAAAGGUUUGAAUUAAAUUCGUAAUUUUGUUAAAAUGGCCCCAACAAUUCAGAACACGACCGCUAAUGUAAGGGAUAAAAAUGAUCUGCCGUCAACUGAUAAAAAAUCUGAAAUAUUAUCAAGGGUAAAAUACUGCAACACUUUGCCAGAUUUUCCAUUCGACGCAAAAUUUAUUACGUAUCCUUUUCCAAGUUUACGUUUCAUUGAAUAUAAUCCGACUUCCCUCGAACGUCAUUACAAAUACGAUCUUCUGACUGAAUCGGACUUAGGAGUUUCGAUCGACCUAGUUAAUCGAGACACUUAUUUGCCCGAUUUAAAUGCUCAUUUAGAUCCAGCUGACGAAAGAUUGCUUGAAGAAGAUCUUCUUACGCCUCAGGACUCGAAGCGUUCGAAACAUCAUGCAAAAAGUGUCUCUUGGCUCCGUAGAACGGAAUAUAUUUCGACUGAGCAAACUCGAUUUCAGCCACAAACUAUGGAUAAAGUCGAGGCGAAAGUCGGCUACAAUAUUAAGAAAACUCUUGUGGAAGGGAUUUUAUAUUUGGAUAGACCCAGUCAAAUAAAAGCGAUCGAAAAGACUUUUGAAGAUAAUAGAAAACCGCUGGUAAAGCACUACAGUAAACCGAACGUUUUUCCUGUCGAAAUAUUACCUGUUUUUCCUGAUUUUUCGAUUUGGAAAUAUCCAUGCGCCCAGGUUAUUUUUGAUUCUGAUCCUGCACCAGUAGGUAAACCGGUUGCGGAACAAAUUGAACACAUGUCUCAAGCAAUGAUUCGAGGUGUGAUGGACGAAAGUGGAGAACAGUUCGUUGCCUAUUUCCUCCCAACACAGGAAACUUUAGAAAAGCGACGAAGAGAUGUGGAAGCUGGAGUAAGUUACGUCGACGAUGAGGAAUAUGACUACAAAAUCAGCCGAGAGUACAACUGGAAUGUAAAGAGUAAAACAUCAAAAGGUUACGAAGAAAACUAUUACCUCGUUGUCCGCGAAGACGGGAUUUACUAUAAUGAGUUGGAGACUCGAGUUCGUUUGAGUAAGCGAAGGCAGAAAUUUGGUCAAGCUCCAAAUAAUACACGUUUGGUUGUUAAACAUAGACCGCUUACCUACGCCGAAUCGAAAAUGCAUCGUUUCAGGGAAAAACAACUGGAGCCUCAAGGAUAUGAUGAUGAAAACGAGAGCGAAGAAGAGGAGGAAGAACAAUUCCAGCCUCAGAUGCAAGGAAAUGGAGAAGCUGGUUCAGAAAACGAUGCAGUUUCCCGGGCAACGUCUCGAGCUUCGAGUGUGGAAUCUCGCCGGAAAUCACGAUCUCGAUCUAAAUCAAACUCACGAUCCAGAUCCCGCUCGAAAUCUUACUCAAAAUCCCGAUCCCGAUCUCGAUCGCGUUCCAAAUCGGCUUCGAGAUGUGUCACUCCUAGAAAAUCUCGUUCCCGUUCCAGAUCGGUAGCUUCAAGAACUUCUUCAUUUUCAGGAUCAGGAUCACAUUCAAGAUCUUCAUCAAAAACGCUUUCGAAUUCACCGGAACGAUCCCGUUCGAAAUCUAGAUCCCGUUCGAAAUCUAGAUCCCGUUCAAAAUCUAGAUCUCGUUCAAAAUCUAGAUCAGUUUCGAAAUCAAAAAGUUCCUCCAGAUCAGGAUCUGCCAGCGAAAAUGAAAGCGAUAGUGUUAGUAACCGAAGUGGUUCAGAUUAUUCCGACUAAGUUUUAAAAGUCAGAUAAAAAUUUUUCUUUAUUUUUAUUGUGGGUUAUAUCUCGCCAAAGUUGAUUGCGUUUCGUAUACAAUAAGUGACUGAUAGUUAAAUUUUUGUAACGAGACGAAAAAUAUUUGAUUACCUAUUUUUGUUUUACAUGAUUUUUCUACAUAUGAUAGUUUAUUUCUUUAAUUAUCUCUAAAAAUAUCGAGUAUAUUUUGACAGUUCAAAGUUUAAAUAGCUUCGUUUAGUUUUGUUGAAUGUAGAUUUAAGGAAAUAUAAAAAAAGGCAAGCUUAUGGAAACGAAAAAGUCUGAUUAAGCUACGAUAUUACUUAAUUUUUGGCAGUUUGAAGAUUAUGCCUCAAGGAAUUAAAUUAGAGGAAAAUACCUUUUAAAGGUUAAUAUUAUUAAAAAUCUAUUGUCUGAUGCUUUAAGUACCUUAAUAUUUGAUCUUAUAAAUCUGUAUUUUGGU